UUAGCGGAGGACGUCUACAAAAUGAAUCGACUACUGCUAGCGUUCGGGCUCGUCUGCUUACUGCAGAGACUCUCUGCUGAGCCGAGGCCAGAGUUUGCGUUGAAUGGUACCGUUCCAGCAAGCAUCCGCAUUACGGCGGUGAAAAACGAUGCAAAUACCACCGCAACAGCCAUCAAGGCGCUCAACGUGACCACUGUUAACUCCGGGUUUGCGGGUCUAGUUGGCACAAAGACUCAGAUUGAGAAAGUCAUCACCCAGUUCGAUACAAAGGCGCAGGCCAUCCUUGCCGCCUACGAUACGCUGCUGGCUGCUAACGAUGGCAACGUCUCUGGACAGUUUGACGCCUUCGUCACCACCAUCAAUGCAACGAUAACGUAUAUCUCGACCGAUGCCAGCAACGUUACGGCCGAGCUGGGCGUGUUCAACUACACUGGCAUCUCGGAUGAGCUGACGGACGCUUUCGAGCGCAUCCUUAUCGGUUUGACCGAUCUGAGAGCGAAGACCGCCACCGUGCAGACGGGUAUCCAGGCAGCAGUUAACAGUGCAGGAUCGGCGACAGUCAGUGCGGACAUUCUGCGCCAGUUCGUGCCACUGCGCACCAUGUACGAUCUGCUACGCGCGGCCAGCAACCUGCGUGCCUAUCUGCCGCUGGUGCAGUACAUUCUGACCACCACGAUCGAGAACAUCGCGGAAGCAGACAAUUUCUUGAUGAAUCUGGAAUCCCUUCUGUUGGCAGGUGUGUCGCUAGAAUCUGCUUAUUACGAAUACGAUAUCCAAACAAUUGCGAACGAAACUAUUAAACUAUUGAAAGCCAAUUUUGCCGGUAAGAACAUCGAUGCUGUUAGUGAUAGCAUUGGGCUUACAACUGCAUAUUUUUUUUUGGAUGCCCCAAGAUAUGAAGAUCUUACUAAAGCAGCAUUCUACCUGCGUGCAUUAUACACCAACGCCUCGCUGUUUCAACCAACAAACACGAUGGUUGCUGCAUUUAACAAAAUUAGCACAUCAUUGACCUCGCGCAUUGCUACACUGCAAGCAGGUUUCAAUGUGCUUGACUUUCCACUCUUCAAGCAGCUCGUGGACACGCUGAUGGGUAAUGACGAGUACGGUCGCUACUGCUAUCAGAAGUACAAGGAGCUGGGAAAGGGAAUUUUUGGCCAGGCUUUCGAUUCGGCCUGGCAGUGUGUGGACAACGAGUACGAGCGUCUGGAAUACUUGAAGACCACCCUCGAGCUAAUGGCCAACCAGUUGUAUUUCGAUAAUGAAAAUGUGUCAGAACACGUAUACUAUUGUAAUAAACUUGAAAGUGGGGAUAAUCUGAACAACUGCGUGGCUGCGUUCGCCAACUUCUAUACGAAUCUGUUUCCCGAAACUGCCAAUAAGAUUUCCACCAUCUAUCAACUCGCCACAGAUGAGGCCGAAGCUAGUGAGAACCGUAUCCUUAUAUGUAUCGAGCUAGUAUACAUACAAGGCACUGUCAUUGAGCCGCAGAAAAUCUCCGACAAUCUGGCAAUCUGUAGCCGAGACGGCCCUAAGGGUUCGGAUUAAGUAAAACGUGGAGAUAACAAUGACAAGUAUAAAUAAACGCAACGACGCUAGCUGAGCACGGCUUCAUCGCA